AUGGGGGUAAAAGGGAGGAACACCUAUAGUACUUGCGACACUAAAGAUUUAAGAGGAGUGAUGGGCGAGGAUCAAGGGAGUGAAGAGCAAGUUGAAAGAGUGAAAGAUGGAGAGGUGGAGAGUCAGAGCCUGGAGGCCGGGCUCGGCCAUCGGAGCGGCAGGAACUGGACGGUGAACAAGAGGAGAAGAGGGGACAUCAGUGGAAGCCAACCGCCAGCCGCCUGCAGCCUACCGCCCUCGCGGCCAGUCUCCGGCCCCGUCGCGGCCUGCCCCGGGGACACCACAACACCCCUGCAGCCUGCACCUUCCACCCGACCACUGCCCGCCCCGCAGCUCGGGCUUCCCGCCACCUGGGCCUUGGUGUCCACAGAGCCUGCAGCUUCAGACAUGCAGGCCCCUCCGCCGUCCUACGUGCGCCAGAACUACCACCCUGACUGCGAGGCCUCAGUCAACUACCUGAUCAACCUGAAGCUGUACGCCUCCUACGUGUCCACAUCCAUGGCCAUCUACUUCCAACGGCACGAGGUGGCCUUGAAUCACUGUGCCCAGUUCUUCCGAGAGCGGGCAAGCAAGGAGAGGGAGCAGGCGGACCGCCUGAUGUGGCUGCAGAACCUGCGCGGGGGCCGCACCCUCCUGGAGGGAAUCCACAGGCCUCAGCAGGACGACUGGGAGAGCAGCCUGAGGGCCAUGGAGUUCACCAUGCUCCUGGCGAAGAGAGUGAACCAGAGCCUCCUCAGUCUGCACCAGCUGGCCACUGAGAAGAAGGACGGCCACCUGCGCCACUUCCUAGAGAGGGACUACCUGCAUGAACAGGUGAACUACAUCAAAGAGUUGGGGGACCAUAUCAACAACCUGCGCAGUAUGGGAGCCCCACAAUCUGGCCUGGCCGAGUACCUCUUCGACAAGCUCACCCUGGGCGCCAGCACGAAACACUGA